AUCAACUCAACAACUACCAUCUUUACCACUACCACUACAUACCUACUACCGAAUACCACAAAAUGUCUGACGACUGGGACAAGCAGACCGUUCUCCGUGGAGGCCAAAAGCGAGUAGCGACCGUUACCAAGUCUGAGAGCGCCGUGAACAAUGCCAGACGGAUGGGGAUCGCCGUGUCGACCGAGAGCAAGGGACCGGCAGGAUCGAACAGUCGGGGAGGACCCACCGACUACCAGCGAAUCGCCAAGCUAGACAUGGAGAACGAGGUCAAGCCGCCCUCGACCGUCUCUCCCUCGGUAGGUGCCGCCAUCGCCAAGGGACGUCAGGACAAGAAGGACGCCGAGGGGAAGAGCAUGAGUCAGAAGGAUUUGGCCACCAAGAUCAACGAGAAGCCCAGUGUGAUCGCCGACUACGAAGCCGGUCGAGCCAUCCCCAAUGUCGCCCUCCUGGCCAAGAUCGAACGUGCCAUCGGUGUCAAGCUGCGUGGGGAUCCCAAGCUGAUCGGGACCCCGUUGCCUGGGCCCGGUAGCAAGAAGAAGUAGAAAAGCUCCUCUGCACGAAAGAGUGGGAAAAUGGGGAAUUGAGACAUCAGCAGUAAUACCGAAGAAUCGGAUCAGAGUAAUCAAAUGAAUACGAUGCAUGCAUGUUCCAUCUGAGAGGGUUUGAGAAACUCAACUGAUAUGGCUGCGUGAUGGAGGUGGUCGAGCAACAUAAAGAACGCAGAACAUUGCCCAAUAAAACAUCAACGACAAAGCGACCUAGAGGAGAGUGUAGUGAAUAUGAAUCGAGUUCGA